UAAUGAGAGCGUGCGGCUAAUGGCAUUAGACUAGCCGUGUCGUCGUGUCGUCGUCGUCGUGUCGUGCCGUGUCGUCUUGUGUCCUCCGUCAAGCAAAAUCUCAUCUCUACCGGCUACCGCGUCCUACCUUACCCUACCACUACUGAUCUUCUGUGCUUCGUCGUCAUCGUCAUCGUCGUCGUCGUCGUCGUCGUGAAACCUCCUCCAAAAACACUAGAAGCUGCUUAUUCGAUUUUCACCCCCUAUUCCCCUAUUGUAUGGCUAGUAUCUGCGCCACAAGUGAUCAUCUAAAAAUUCACAACAACAAACGCGACACUACUUCCAAAUCUGAAAUGCGGGCCAGUUCUACGUCAUCCACGGAUUCGAACGGUUUUCCGGUCAAAGACGCUGAUGCGCUGAAGCUGUUCGUUGGACAGAUUCCACGUAAUCUCGAGGAGAAAGACCUACGCCAUUUGUUUGAGCAAUUUGGCAAGAUCUACGAGUUUACCAUACUCAAGGAUAAGUACACUGGUAUGCACAAAGGUUGCGCUUUUCUCACCUAUUGUCAUCGUGAUAGUGCUAUCAAAUGUCAGGCAGCUCUCCACGAUCAAAAAACUUUACCUGGGAUGAACCGCGCCAUGCAGGUGAAGCCGGCGGAUACAGAAAGCCGACCGGCUAGCCCAAAGGAUAAGGUCGACGACAAAAAACUUUUCGUCGGUAUGUUAUCCAAACAUCAGUCCGAAGAUGAAGUUCGUGCCUUAUUCGCACCGUUUGGCGCACUUGAAGAGGUCACAGUGCUUCGUGGAGCCGACGGUGCCUCAAAAGGCUGUGCCUUUGUAAAAUUUAAAAACGCACUCGAUGCUCAAAUGGCGAUUACGGCUUUGCACGGCAGUCAAACGAUGGCCGGUGCCAGUUCUAGCCUUGUUGUCAAAUACGCAGACACGGAAAAGGAGCGACAGGUUCGACGUAUGCAGCAGAUGGCAGCGCAGAUGGGUCUUCUAAAUCCGGUGCUAGUGAAUCAGGUCGGCGCACAAUACAGUGCUGCAUAUCAGCAGCUUCAGAUCCUUCAGCAGCAGGCAUUAGCUAAUGCAGCCGCCGCUCAAACUUCUGCUGCUUACAUGCCAUUGGUCCAACAUCCAGCGCUCAUGCAAAUGCCAACCGGUACACCGCUCUUGACUCAACAAGGACUGACGCAAAUCGGGCUUGCUGGCUCACAAAUGAUGGGCAUGCAACAACAUCAUUUUCAAACCUUACAAGCGUUGGCCGCGCAACAGCAGCAUGUUCAACAAGAGUUUCAGUGCUCUCCACCAUCAAGCACGAACGGUGAUGCUGCCUUUGCUAUUCAAAAUGGUUACCCAAUAAUCAGCAUGGAUCAGCAUAACAAUGUGGCGCUGCAACAGUUGGCUCAGCUACAUCAACAGGCAGCGGUCAUGCCGCUCGUCACCCCCAAAGAGGGGUUCGUGUCGUACGAUUCGUUGGCGGCAUCGCAGGCCGCGAUCGCGGCGAUGAACGGCUUCCAAAUUGGCAUGAAACGCCUGAAGGUGCAACUGAAACGGCCUCGUCAGGAUCGACCCUACUGA